CCCAGGCAGACUCACAUCCUCCAGGUGGACUAAGACAGACAAGACUGGGAGAGGCUGGCCAUGAGCCCCCGGCCCUCCACCCUCCUGGGCCUCGUGCUCUGCCUGGGCCAGACGAUCCACAUGCAGGAGGGGCCCCUGCCCAAACCCUCCCUCAAGGUCCAGCCAGGCCCUGUGGUCCCCCGGGGACGGCCUGUGACCUUCGUGUGCCAGGGCCCAGCUUGGGCUGAGUUCUACCACCUGGAGAAGGAAGGAAGACGCGUCUUCCUUUAUCACAAAGGUGUAUCUCAAGAUGGUCUGUCUGUGACAGAGGCCAGAUUCCACAUUCCAGUGGUGAGUGAUGUGACUGCAGGGAGUUACCGCUGCCUCUAUGAACAGGUGGAUGAGAGGCCAUCUCAGCCCAGUGAGCCCCUGGAGCUGAAGGUGACAGAGGAGGACUUCUCCACUCUGCACUCAGGCCCCGCCUCCCGGGAUUACACGGUGGAGAACAGCAUCCGCUUCGGCCUGAUGGGCCUGGUCUGGCUGAUCCUGCUGGCGAUUCUGGUGUAAGCUGGGCUCAGCCAGUGCAGGGCCCCACAGGGACCACAGGAAUAUACACAAGGGAGCCCCCCAGAGAGAGGGGCCCCCAGGCACCCAGCAGGGAGCUCCCAGAGCCCUGCCUGCUGUUGUUCAAGGACAAGAGAACCCUGGCCCACGUGGGUUAGCAGGGUCCACCUUAACCCCUCAUCUUCCCAGGACCAGGGAGAGGAGUCAUCUUGAUUGACAGGCAGGCAGAGAGGGCAGUGCCCCUUUGGAAACCAUGGCAGGUGGAAUGGAGGCAGGGCUGAC